AGCGCUGCACAUGUGGAGCCACAGUAACAGAACCUCUGACGGAUUCAUUAGCAUCUUUUCACCUCUGAAGGAUUAUUUCUGCUCCGAUUUCACAGAAAUGGAUUUAAAAGCUCGGAUCUCCGUGCUUUCACUGACGCUCUCCUGGAUCCUCUGCACAGCUCUGUCUGCGCCCGCUGCAGAGCCGCGCUCCGCUUCUGCCGCAGCCGUCGCUCCGCAGCGCCAUGUGCGCAACAAGCGCUGCUCCUGCGCAACUUUCCUGGACAAGGAGUGCGUCUAUUUCUGCCACCUGGACAUCAUCUGGGUCAACACACCUGAGCGCGUGGUCUCCUACGGACUUGGGAACGCGCCCCGGGCGAAGCGCGCCCUCUCAGACUCCAUGGCAACGGCGCGCGCCCCCAGAUGUCGGUGCCUGCGUGAAAAUGAUAGCAGCUGCGUGGACUUCUGCCUCAGGUCAGAGACGGCGGCGGGCGCGCGGAUCCGUUCCCCGGGCCACACGCGAUCAGAAGACACGGGUGGGCCUGACAGGACUGAGGGCACCAGCACCACUAACCGGGCCCGGCCAGCGGCGCUCAGAGCCGUCCUGAGGACCCGUCUGCAGCUGGAGAAAUGGGCGGCGAGGCGGCACCACCGAGCGAUAGCGUGGCAGGGCGAGAGCAGGGCUUCCUAACCGGGUCCAGUUCCCUCCGAGCGCAGACUCUGACGAGUCGCGGACUCCAGGCAGCAGGGCCGUGUCCAGGGCCCAAAGACGGUGGGGAAGGGGCCCCCGGAGCUGCUGGCCCCCAGGAGGAAAACACCUGAACCUGAUUUCCAGAGAGCGAAGAGACUUCCUCAGCCUGCAGGGAUUCCAGCUGCAGGCGCACCAAAAACGGAUAGAGUCACAAAACUUUUCUAUUUAUUGAUCAAAGACACAAAUCUUCACUUUGUGUCCCGAAGAGACUAAAAAAAAAGUAAAUAAAAUAGGAAACAUUUCAUCAUGUAUCUGAAAAUACCAUGAAAGGAGCAUCGCAGAUGCAAAGAAGCAAGAAAAGAAUCAGAUGCUCAUCCUGAAAGCUGCUUUUCUGACCUGCUGGUUUCAACUUCAGACAGAAUUAAAAUAAAACUACUUAUUUAGUCAGUAAGAUAAGAACGAUGCAAGAUUGUAUGGAGAAAAAUGACCUUUUUUUGACAUUUAAAUUGUUUAAACAUCUAAAUUUGGUCUGGAAAGGAUCAUAAAGUAUAAAACUUUAUGAUCCUUUAGGUUCAUUUUUAAUCUUUGGUGUUAAAAGCAGCGUAGAAAUGAAACGGCUGAGGAGGGAUCAGAACAAAACGGACGCUUUGAUGCGUUUUAACGUGAGAUGAGCUGGAAACCUGAAGCUGCUGAGCAUGAAGGACGCGUCCACGUCCUGCUGCUCCACAACGUCUCCUCUCUUUUGGGAUGUCCCUCAGCGGGACGCUCGUCUGGAAACGACUCGGACCGGGAGUCAAAGUGGGACAAGAAGCAUUUCAAGAGAAACACGAGGAGGAGGAGGAGGAGGUCAGAUGAUGAAGACGGCCCUGUCGUCCUCGGACUCGACUGAAACCAGAACCAGAACAGUCCUGAGACUUUUCCUCUCCUGUAACUUAAUGUUCUCCUCUCUGAUUUAUUUAUUUAUUCCUGUGGAGGCCAUAUUGGUCCGUCUCAUGUUCCGUGGGUUCAUUUCUGUGAAAUGGUGCCGAAUUCUGGCCGAACUAUAAUAAAUUUAUUUAUCACUAACA